AUGCAGAGGCAUUAUAACGCCUGCGCUCUUCCGGUCAGAGACACCUUUUACCCAAGCUUCUACCCUUCCGUCGAAGCAAAAGACGACGCUCCAUAUCCCCGACCCUUCCACGAAUCCUCCACAAACACCCUCAAUAUGUUCAUAGCACGAAGCGAGUAUGAUCGUGGUAUCAACACCUUCUCGCCCGAGGGCCGUCUCUUCCAGGUCGAAUACUCGUUAGAAGCUAUCAAGCUCGGUUCAACAGCAAUAGGCGUGGCAACUGGCGAAGGUGUGAUCCUUGGUGUAGAGAAGCGCGUUACCUCCACCCUCCUCGAGACCUCUUCCGUCGAGAAGAUCGUGGAGAUCGACCGUCACAUCGGCUGCGCCAUGUCCGGUCUGCAAGCCGACGCCCGGAGCAUGGUCGAGCAUGCACGGGUCGAGAGCCAGAACCACGCGUUCAAUUACGCCGAGCCGUUGAGGGUGGAGAGCUGUACGCAGGCGAUAUGUGAUUUGGCGCUGCGGUUCGGCGAGGGUGCGGAUGGUGAGGAGAGCAUUAUGAGCCGGCCGUUUGGUGUUGCGCUGCUGAUCGCAGGAUACGACGAAGAUGGCCCCAGCCUAUACCACGCCGAGCCCUCCGGUACCUUCUACCGCUACGAUGCGAAAGCUAUUGGCUCCGGUUCCGAGGGCGCACAAGCCGAGCUGCAGAACGAGUUUCACAAGUCGCUUACCCUGUCCGAAGCAGAAGUCAUGGUGCUCAAGACGCUCAAGCAGGUCAUGGAGGAGAAGCUGGACAGCAAGAACGUGCAGUUGGCGAGCGUGACGAAGGAGAAAGGAUUCAGAAUCUACACGGACACGGAGAUGGAGGAAGUUGUCGGAAGGCUGCCUACGAACUAG